UGUGUGUGUGUGUGUGUGUGUGUUAGUGUGUGUGUGUGUGUGUGUGUGUGUGUGCGUGCGUGCGUGUGUGUGUGUGUUUAAAGAAUACAAUCCUUCAAACGACUGAUCGUGUUAUGAUAGCAGUAAACGCAGUGAAUCUUCAAUAUUGUGUCCGGAUAUUGGCAGCGAUGUGGUUAUAAUUUAGGAUGUACCACUUAGAUUUCGUUAUGUCAAAAGUCCAUUGUUUUGCCAUUUCUUGCGUAUAUAUGUAUAUAUAUAUUAAUAAUAAUAAUAAAAGCUGUUCGACCUUGGCCCACGUAAAUAAUUCGUCACGUGUAACAAUCCCUCCAUAAUAUCAUUCCUCUUAGUAUGAUGUUUCCGGUUUGGUUGCACGCUUUUCUUGAUAUUGAGUUCCCCCUUUCGGUUAUAAACAUGAACAGCAACGUUUAACCGAGAGGUUCACCGGGGGACACGCACAUCGUCUGCCCUACAUAAAAUGCACCCAUUGUAGGCCGAGGUGUCAGCUGAGGACUACUUGCAACCUAGAAACGGCGGUUUGGCCCCUCCUUCCCUUUGUCAGUCCGAUUGUAAACGUUAGUCCGGGGUCUUCUGGGGUAUUCUUAUUUUCAAAAACAGAUUCUAAAAUCGGCAUUAAAUUGCAGAGGUGACGCUUCAACCAUGCGAAAGGAGUUUUCUUCUUUUUCAUCAAACCUUUUUGAGACCCCUCACGAUUUUAUCAAAGGCGUUGUCUCGCGGAACUGUGCCCAAUGACAUCAUCCCCGCCUUUUGUUUACAGUUGCUAGGGGUUACAGGGUGACAUUUUUCAAACAGUCCUGCUCUAGAUUUGUUCGGGAUACGCGGUCCAGUUUCUAUAUUAACACAAAACGGACUAAACACAAAGUUUCGUAUUUAUUUUGAACAGAUGUAAUGCACUUGAAAUCCUUUCUUAAAGAGCGAAAGCUAACUAGGCUAUUUGAUUAAUAAUACUGCUAGAAAGUACACUACUUACCUUUUGUGUAUAUCAUUGUUUUGUAGGCUAUACUACAACAGUAACGUUAUUCACUUUCAAACUUUGUGAGAUGGCAGAUUCUGGUCUAUCAGAAAAAGCACUUAUCACCGAGAGUGCGGAGACCAUUCGUGCUACCUCAGUGUUCACGGACCCUUAUGAACGCUCUGUUAACUAUAUGGAGACUCACAGUAUUCUUCAGAUUUUCCAGGACAUCACAGAGAAACUGGUUUUUGAUAGACCAGACGAUCCACUGCAGUUCAUGUUAGAACAGGUGCAAAUGAAGAUCAAAAUCCGUGAUGAGUCAAGCAACACAUUUCUGAAAUCAUAAUGAAUUCUAAAGCAAAGUAACCAGGGCUUUGCAACAAAAUGAAUCCAAGUUUAUUCUUUUAUUUAUAUAUUUCUUCAAAUAAGGUGUAUUGGUUGCUGUCAUUCCGUGACUCUGUAUUGUUGUUUCCAAGCAACUGCCUUUAUUUUUUUAAUUUUUUAAUUUUUGCUCCAAACUUACCAUGUUUUUCCACAAUUUUUUGAGAGUAUUAGCAUUCAUUUUCAGUCAAACAACGCUGAAAUCUUAAUAAUGUAGUUUGUGAGUGUCUUUGACCUAAAUAUCUCAAUGAACGCACUCAAGUGGAAAGUUAAAGCUAUUAAAUUUAAAAAAUAAAAUAAAAAAUAAAACAUUUAAAAGAGGAAUUACUUACAAGCUUUCUCUGUUUUUUAGAGACACAGUAUCUGAGAAUUAUAAUUACUGUUAGUUACUGUUUUAUGAAUUAACUAUGUUUUAUAAGAUAAAACAACUUCUGUAUAAGACAUGAUACAAGUCUUCUCCAAAAUAAAUAAAUCAAUAAAAUGAUAGCUAGACAAAUUUAGCUGGCUUUUAUGCAAUGUAGGCCUGCUUGAAUUUAAAUGGUAGAUUUUGGCUGCGCAAGUAAAGGAAGUCUUUGUUUAUAGUAGGGUCUUAUUGCAGUGUAUUUCUAUAGUUAUCUGCUGUGUAUUUACUCUAGAGAAACAUCUGGUGUUUCAAGACUGGUGUAUCACAUGCAAUCAUUUCAUUUGUAAAUAAAAAUAAGUUCAAAAUA